UAAGCCUCACAGCCGACAUAUCCUGAGCAAGACCCGGUGGUAUGAACAGGGAACAGGGUUUGACCAGAAAUCCCUCAGCACACAGCCACCAUAUGUUGGAGAUGACCGAAUCAGACACUGAGGAAGAGGUCAAACGAUUUAUUUUACAGGCCAUCGUGUCACUUCCGAACAUGGACGAUGACUCGCAACCCUUGGAACGAUCUCUGUACAUCUUUCAGGAAAAACCAAGGUAUGUUUCUGGGCCGGUCUUUCGCUUCCACAUCUGCAACUUGCAGCUGGCCGUACAGUGCUGGUUCGAUGUGCAAGAUUGCCAUCAGAGUACUAGUACCUCUCUAUACCAACCGAGGUCCACUGUGCAAAUGGCACGCGGUUGUUCGGGCGUCGAUGAACUAAGUACUUAGUAUCGUCGUUAAUUCCGCUCGACAAUGCGGCAACCCUUAUAGGUGGACUAAGCAGGCCUAAGCAACCCCCCCGUGGCCCCAAGCCUGUAGUUUACAGGUGAAUUGCCAAUCCAGAUUGCAUGCGGGGUCCCCGCAAUGGGUCCCUUUGUGGGGGAUCGGUGCUGCCCUCCUUUACCCCCAUGCGUGGCAACGGGAAGGUUCCGCAGAGGUCCAAGGUUGAAGGUUGAGCCGGGUAUAAGGGGGAGCCCUGCCCUGCCUAACUGGUAGGUACUUUGGGACGUGUUUUUGUGUGGUUUUCGUGCGACCUUCUUUGAACAAACUCGACCGCCAUUGACUGGAAAUCGCGUCCAUCAAAUAUUUGCCGGACAAAAUGGCGGAGAAGGAGAGUCAGUCCAUCCACGCCGAGAUGGUCGACGAGGCCGCUCUCCCGGUCGCCGACAAGGGCGAGCUCGUCCAGUUGGACGCCGCGGCAGAAAAGGCGCUGGUGCGCAAGAUCGACUUGCAUCUGCUCCCGCCCUUGUUUGUGCUCUAUAUGUGCGCGUUUAUUGAUCGAGUGAACAUCGGAAAUGCACGAAUUCAGGGCCUGGAAAAAGACUUGAACAUGACCGGCUCCGACUACAACAUUGCCCUUUUUAUGUUCUUCAUCCCAUACAUCACCCUCGAGUUUCCGUCCAACGUCCUGCUCAAGAGACUUCGCCCGUCCAUCUACCUCCCUUCUCUGAUCAUCGGCUGGGGAAUCAUGACCGUCUGUCAAGGUGUCACCGGAUCGUUCGCCGGCCUCGUCGUCUGCCGUGUGCUGAUUGGGGUGUUCGAAGCGGGCUUCUUCCCCGGCAUGGUCUACCUGGUUUCCAUGUACUAUAAGCGCAACGAACUGCAAUGGCGCUUAAACAUUCUGUGGAGCGCCGCCAUCAUCUCCGGAGCCUUUAGCGGCCUGCUCGCCUACGGACUGGCCAACAUGGACGGAAUUGCCGGAUACGGCGGCUGGAGAUGGAUCUUCAUUAUUGAAGGCAUUGCCACGGUCCUGAUCGCCGCGGCGGCCAUCUUCGUCCUUCCGGACUGGCCGACAACGGCCAGGUUUCUGUCCCAGUCCGAACGGACGCUCCUAGAACAACGACUCGGCUUGGACACAGGAGACCGUUGUCGAAUGGAUCGCUGGGGCAAAGGCACGUCGAAGCGCGUGUUUGGCGACAUCAAAAUCUGGCUUGGCGUCCUCAUGUUUUUGGGCGUGACCACGACCAACUACGCGUUCGCCUUCUUCACCCCAACCAUCCUCAAACAACUCGGAUGGACAUCGGUACGCUCACAAGUCAUGUCGAUUCCCAUCUGGGUCGCGGCAGCCCUCGCGGCGCUGGGUGCGGCUUGGUUCUCCGACCGGAUGAAACAUCGAUACGGCUUCAUCGUCCUCGGUGCCGCCAUCACCACCAUCGGCUACGCCAUCCUACUUGCCAUGCAUUCGGUGCCUGUGGGUGCUCGCUACUUUGCCCUAUACACCAUCGUCAUGGGCGGAUACAUCACGCAACCCAUCACCAUUGGCUGGCUGAACAACAACCUGAGCGGACACUAUAAGCGCGCUGCGGGCACUGCUUUGUCAGUCGGCCUGGGAAAUGUCAGUGGCAUCAUCGGGAGUACCGUCUUCCUCACCCGUGAGGCACCGACGUACCCUACCGGAUUCGGCGUAGGGUUAGGUCUUUGCUGGGUCACUGUCGCCGCCGCGACGGUGCUGGCAUGGUACAUUAUUCGGGAGAACCGGAUUCGCGACAACGGGGGCCGAGACUAUAGAUAUGAGUUGCCAGAGGAUGAGAAAGGGAAUCUGGGAGACGAUCAUCCUUCGUUCCGGUUUAUGCUGUAGAAAGGAAGGAAUAGAACGGGUUUGUCAAAGGGUAUCAUGUAUGAUUCAUGGCGCCUUUCAACCUUGGUUAUCCCGGGUUGCUCAGUGGUCUCAAUCUACUUUAUCUAUUACAUCCAA